AUGGGUGACAAGCUUAUGAAGCGUCGUGAGGCGGCUCCCCCCGCCAAGCGCGCGCGCACCGAGGGGCCCGCAUCAUUGACGGAAAUGGCUCGACGUGAACAGCCCUCUCUAUUGACUGGCGCGAAGCUCAAGCCCUAUCAGAUGGACGGGCUUGUUUGGCUCACCAGUCUGUACGAGAACGGAUUAAAUGGCAUCCUAGCUGAUGAGAUGGGCCUGGGGUUUGUAGAGACGUCUGACUCCAGGAAAACGAUCCAGACGAUUGCAUUGUUAGCCCAUUUGUAUGAGAAGAAUGUGAUAGGCCCCUUUCUGGUUGUAUCACCAUUGUCUACGACGUCUAACUGGGCCGACGAGUUUGCCAAGUUCGCACCCAGUAUUCCGGUGCUGUUGUAUCAUGGCACGAAACAGGAGCGUGUGCGUAUGCAAAAAUCGAUCCAGGCCAAGAAAGCAGCUGUCAUUAUUACGAGUUAUGACAUUGUUCUUCGUGAUCGCCCGUUUCUAGCGCGACAAUCUUGGAAGUACAUGGUCGUUGACGAAGGACAUCGCCUAAAGAAGCUGAAUGGCAAGCUAGUGCGAGAACUGAAGCAGCUGGACUCCAGCAAUCGUCUCAUUCUCACAGGCACGCCUUUGCACAACAACCUGGCGGAGUUAUGGUCGUUGUUGAAUUUCAUCCUGCCGGAUAUAUUUGAUGAUCUCGCUACGUUCGAGCAAUGGUUCCACUUGGAGGACGCGGGUGAGGAGAAUGGGUCCAUCUCCGCGGGCUUCGCCAGCUGGAGCACCGACACGGCGAAGCGGGUCGUGAGACAGCUCCAUGAGAUUCUCAAGCCCUUUCUGUUGCGGCGGGUCAAGCAUGAAGUCGAGCGCGAUUUACCACCCAAGCAGGAGUACCUGCUGUACACGCCCCUAUCAUUGCAACAGACGUUCAUGUACAAUCGGGCACUCAGCAGUACUCUGAGAGAAUGGCUGCUUGCACGUAAAGCGAGUCUUCCUCUUGAGGAAGUGAGCCGACUUCAGCAGCAGACCGACCCAGAUACCCUCCCUGCGCCGUUCAAGCUGGCGGACAAGGAAGUGCGGGCUAUGCGCCUCGAUAAUACCCUCAUGCAAGUCCGAAAAAUAUGCUGCCAUCCCUACCUGCUCCACUGGCCCGUGGUGCCGGGCACCGACCAGCUGUGUAUUGACGCCAAUAUGGUGCGAGUGUGUGGAAAAAUGCGCAUGCUCGACACUCUCUUGGAUGCUCUCUUUGCGCGGAAACACCGUGUGCUUGUCUUUUCUCAGUUUACAGGGAUGCUGGACAUUUUGGAGCUCUGGGCCACAGAUCUGAAAGGAUGGCAGCCUUACCGCAUUGAUGGCACGACCUCGCAGCAGGACCGUGCGGACCAGGUGCGCGCCUUCAAUGAGGGGAAAGAGGGCCGAGAUCUGUUCCUUCUGAGCACGCGUGCCAGUGGCCUGGGUAUCAAUCUUGUGGGGGCGGACACGGUGAUCUUCUUCGACAGUGACUGGAAUCCGCAAGUGGAUCUACAGGCACAGGACCGUGCCCACAGGAUUGGCCAGACCAAGCCGGUGCUAGUAUUUCGUUUGGUGGCACAGGGCACUAUUGAGCAUGAUAUCCUGCAAAAGGCCAAGGCGAAGCGACUUCUAGAGGCGGUGGUCAUUCAGAAAGGCAAAUUCCUCCGCCCCAUUACGUACGACGGGUACCAUGAUCCGGACACCCAAGACGACGGGGGGCUGCAGGGCCUGGAGGCACACGUGAUGCAAGUCGCUGGCCCCGGCGCAUCGGACGACGAGCCACUCCUCUCAGCCGCGGAUUUAGACCAGCUGUUGGAUCGCAGCGCAGCGGCAUAUGCACGAAAGGAAGGGUGGUCCUCGAGCCAUGGCCCCUCGAAGGCCUCGGCCCUGUUCGAGGUCACUGACUUGCAGGCCAAUACCUCGACGGCGCAACUGGCGCGUCUGCUGGAUGUGGAGGACGUGAACUGUAGGACGGACGAUGACUAA